UAUCCUGUCCUUCCUUUCGUUGCGCCACAUGUCCGCAUGCGAAGCGGGGGUUCCGCUUCCCUCGGUUAUUCCUCAGACGCAGGGGACGGUAAGUUGACCGCUUGAAGCCGCCGGGUCGUCCCCUUCCUGGCCGUCUCUUUUGACGCUCUCCGCGGCUGCCUUCGUCUCUUCCUCGUCUUCGUGUUCGCCUUCCCCACUGCCUUGGAAUUUCCAACCAACGCGCCUUUUCUCCUCCUCCCCUCCCCUCCCUCUAUCUUUUCUCUUCCCCUCUUCUCGGUUCUGUCUUCGCUCCAUCAUUCUUUUUCUUCUCUGUUUGCCCACCAAACGAAGGGAGAGAAGCGGUGGAAGGAGAGGGACAAGAGAGAAGAGAGAAGGGAAGCGAAAAUAAAAAGUAAAAUGAAGACCAGGAGCAUUGGCAGCGAGAGGAAAGUGGGUUUGAGAUGGAUUCUUAUUCUCUGCAUCAUGAGCUUCGGCUUUGGAAUGCUGUUCACAGACAGGUUUUGGGCUAAUCCAGAUUUGAACAAUCAGAUCAUUUCGAGGCAGCGACGGCAGGAACAAGAGCUUCAAAUCAUUUCUGAGAAUUGUGCGACCAAGCGGAAGCCUGGGCAAGACAAGGAUAUUAUGGGGGAGGUCACCAGGACCCAUGAGGCUAUACAAUCUUUGGACAAGACGAUCUCUACGCUGCAGAUGGAGCUGGCCGCCAAGCGGAGUUUGCAAGAGUUGCUUGGCAUGGAUCAUUCACCGUCAAUCUCAGCAUCCAGCCAGGUGAAGAAGAAGGCCUUUGUUGUGAUUGGGAUCAAUACUGCAUUUAGCAGCAGGAAGAGACGGGACUCAAUCAGAGAGACAUGGAUGCCUCAAGGUGAGAAGCUUCAACAGCUAGAACGUGAGAAGGGAAUUGUUAUCCGAUUCAUGAUUGGUCACAGUGCUACAUCCAACAGUAUUUUAGAUAAAGCUAUACACUCAGAGGAGGCUCAGCAUAAUGAUAUUCUGCGGCUGGAGCAUGUCGAAGGGUACCAUGAACUAUCUACGAAAACAAAAAUAUUCUUUUCCACUGCAGUUGCAAUAUGGGAUGCUGACUUUUAUGUCAAGGUGGAUGAUGAUGUUCAUGUAAAUCUAGGUAUGUUAGCCACAACUCUUGCUCGACACAGAUCAAAACCGAGAACCUACAUUGGGUGUAUGAAGUCUGGGCCGGUUCUCUCUAAUAAGAAUGUGAAAUAUCAUGAACCUGAAUUCUGGAAAUUUGGAGAGGAAGGGAACAAGUACUUCCGCCAUGCUACAGGGCAGAUUUAUGCUAUAUCGAAGGAUUUGGCUACAUACAUCACAAUCAACCAGCCUAUAUUGCACAAAUAUGCCAAUGAGGAUGUAUCAUUAGGAGCUUGGUUUAUUGGACUGGAUGUGGAGCACAUUGAUGAGAGGAACAUGUGCUGUAAAACUCCACCAGACUGUGAGGGGAAAGCGCGGGCUGGAAAUGUAUGCAUUGCAUCAUUUGACUGGAGUUGCAGUGGGAUAUGCAAAUCAGUGGAGAGGAUAAAGGAUGUCCAUGCUAAGUGUGGUGAAGGAGAUGGUGCUGUUUGGAAUGCUUUUUUCUGAAGGGGUAUUGAGGUUGCUCAAUUAUAGGCAAAAAGAUUUUAUAUUCCUAAUCUUUUAGAAGAGCACAAAUUAGAAGCAUCUCAUUAGAAAAUGUGCCAGAAUGCAGUUUCAGGUUUAAGGUUAAGAUCAUGAUGUGCCUCUUGAAAAGAUCCUGUGGAAUUUUCCUGCUCUUAGGAAAAGGAAUCUUCAUAUUUGCAUGAUGAUUGGGAAGUGCAAGGAUACCCUUGAGCCCCAUGGUCGAUGACGGUCAAAAAAGGCUUGGAUUGCUCUAAAGUUUCAGGACUUUGUUAGAUUGGCUAAACUAUCUGUUCAGAAAUUAGGUGCGCGCUUGGAGUGUAGGAUAAAAAAAUGAGAUUUACCACUAAUGUCCAUAUAGGUUGUGGGUUCCCAUUUCCUGGAAAUUAGAGUGGUCUAUAUCCAGUUGAUUUUUUUCACGACUCAUCUAAAAGUUGUGUAACUGUAUUCUGUAAACUGUACAUGAAAUCUCUUAGUCAAGAUCUUUAGGUGCAAUUUUCCCUUUUAUAUUU